UUCUCCAACUACAUAGGCUUGGGCUUCUUCUUGUUAGAGAAUGAAUAUGGAGACUCUGGGAGCUUUUCCUGAUGGAGAAUGGGACUUCAGCAGAAUGUUCUCCACCCAAGAUCAGAUUGACAUCACACCAGAAUUGCUUGGUCAGUGUUCAUUUCCUCUCGAGAACGAUGGAGGAUUCCAGUUUACUAACCCUUUAGAUUUUUCCUCAAAUCCUGAAGCCAACGUGAACAUGGCUGGGGUUGAUGAGAGUCUGUCUUAUUCUUGUAAUACUCUCAUCAACUCUGAUUUCGAUCUUAUUUCUCAGGAAAAUAGUAGCACUAGUAACUGUAGCAGUAGUGCUUUGAUUUCUUCUUCCAGCCAUGAAACCUACUUCUUUAGUGAUUCUAACCACCUUCAGUCAACAAAUGAUGAUUUUAUGUCCAUAGAUUUUUGUAUCAUGGAUGAGAAAAAUUCAGGCUCUCUUGUCCCAAUGUUUCCUGAAUUUGCAAUGCCAGAAACUUUCCGUAUGAAUGAAAAUAUGAUCAGUGCCAAGGUGGGGGAUUUAGAUGAUAGCCAGCCAGGAGCUAAUGCUGUACCUGCCAAGGGAUUGCAGCCGAAAAGAAUGUUUGAUUUCCCUGAAUCAGAAGUCAAUCCAUCAGAGAAGAAAAAGUCUAGGGUUACAAGAGAUGUGCUUAAGAGUAAGAAGAAUGUAAAGUCCAAGAAAAAUCAGAAGUUAACCCCAAAUUGCAACGAAGAAGAAGAGAGAAAUCCUGGAGUAGAUGGACAGAGCUCUAGCAGUUGCAGUUCGGAGGAGGAUAAUGCUUCCCAGGAUUCUAACAGAGGAGCAUCUUCUGAUUCUAAAGCGUCUGAAGCUCGCAAAUCCAAUGGCAAGACAAGAUCUAGUAGGGGAUCUGCCACAGAUCCCCAGAGUCUUUAUGCAAGGAAAAGAAGGGAGAGGAUAAAUGAGAGAUUGAGAAUCUUGCAGAAUCUUGUUCCUAAUGGAACAAAAGUUGAUAUCAGUACAAUGCUAGAGGAGGCAGUCCAUUAUGUAAAGUUUUUGCAGCUCCAGAUCAAGCUAUUAAGCUCUGAUGAUCUGUGGAUGCAUGCCCCUAUCGCUUACAAUGGUAUGGACAUUGGCCUCAAUCAGAAGAUCUCUAUGCUUCAAUGAUCUUGAAGGAAGCUGCCAUAAACA